UGUAAUUCUUAAGCUGCUAAUUCAUUGGUUUCACUUCUUCUCUAACUUAUUUUUGUUUUCUGGAAUCGGCUUAUACGAGCAAUUCUAUAUGGCUUAUUCUUCUUCAUUCUCUUCUCAUAAUUGGUCAUAUGACGUUUUUCCAAGCUUCAGCGGAGGAGAUGUCCGCAAGACAUUCAUGAGCCACUUUCUGAAGGAGCUAGAUCGGAAACUUAUCAUUGCUUUCAAAGAUAACGAGAUCAAGAAAAGCCGAUCGCUUGAUCCCGAGCUUACAAAGGCGAUCAAGGAUUCAAGGAUUGCAGUGGUCAUUUUCUCCACAAACUACGCCUCUUCAAGCUGGUGUUUAAAUGAGUUGCUUGAGAUCGUGAAGUGCAAGGAAGAGUGUGGUCAAGUGGUCAUACCAGUUUUCUACGGUUUGGAUCCUUCCCACGUGAGGAAACAGACCGGAGACUUUGGGAAGAUCUUUGACAAGACAUGCCAAAAUAAAACAGAGGACAAGAUCAUUCGAUGGAGGGAAGCUUUGACUGGUGUAGCUAACAUCUUUGGAUAUCAUAGUGUCACCUGGGCAAACGAAGCAAAGAUGGUCGAAGAAAUAGCGGAUGAUGUUUUGGAUAAAUUGAAUUUAUCUCCAUCAGAUGAGUUUGAGGAUUUUGUUGGAAUUGAAGAUCACAUCAGAGAGAUGAGUUCAUUGCUGCACUUGGAUUCCAAGGAAGUAAAAAUGGUCGGGAUAUGGGGUCCCUCCGGAAUUGGCAAAACUACCAUUGCAAGAGCUCUAUUUAGUCGGCUCUCUCGCCGGUUCCAAAAUAGUGUUUUCAUAGACAAGGUUUUCAUAUCCAAGAGCAUGGAGGUUCAUAGAGGAGCUAAUCUAUGUGACUAUAACAUGAAGCUGCACUUGCAACGAGCUUUUUUGGCUGAAGUUUUAGAUAAGAGAGAUAUAAAGAUAGAUCAUAUAGGUGCAGUGGGAAAGAUGCUAAGGCACCGAAAAGCUCUUAUCUUUAUUGAUGAUUUGGAUGAUCAAGAUGUGCUAGAAGCCUUAGCAGGAAGAAUUCAAUGGUUUGGAAGUGGGAGUCGAAUAAUUGUGGUUACAAAAGAUAAGCAUUUAUUAAGGGCGCAUGGGAUUGAUCACAUUUACGAGGUCUCUCUCCCAUCUUAUAAACUCGCAGUGGAGAUGUUUUGUCGAUAUGCUUUUAGAAAAAGUUCUCCACCUGAUGGUUUUGCGAAGCUUGCUUCUGAAGUUGUAUUGCGUGCAGGUAGCCUUCCAUUGGGUCUUAACGUUUUGGGUUCUAGUUUACGGGGUAGGGACGUAGAAGAUUGGCCGGAUAUGCUGCCGAGGCUUCGGAAUGGUUUGGAUGGAAAAAUUGGAAGAACAUUAAGAGUCAGCUACAACGGAUUAAACAACAAGAAAGAUGAAGCAAUAUUUCGCCACAUUGCAUGUCUUUUCAAUGGUAAGGAAGUCGAUCACAUAAAGAUGAUGCUAGCAGAUAGUGACCUAGAUGUUCAUAUUGGGCUUAAGAAUUUAGUCGAUAAGUCUCUUGUACAUGUAAGAGAAGAUAAUGUGGUAAUGCACUCUUUGCUACAAGAAAUGGGUGAAGAGAUUGUUCAUUCACAGUCCGAUGAGCCUGGAGAACGAGAAUUCCUUAUUGAUUCGAAGGAUAUUUGCCAUGUGUUUGAAAAUAACACUGGUACUAAAAAGGUUUUGGGUAUAGCACUGAAUAUGGAUACGAUUAAAACUCUUCAUGUAUACGAGAAUGCGUUCAGAAGGAUGUGUAAUCUCUGUUUCUUAGAGUUUGACUCGCAAAGCUAUUAUAUGUUAGGAAGAGCGGGUCAAUCACACUUACCAGAAAACUUCAGCUAUUUACCCUCUAGUCUCAAAUUAUUGUGUUGGUACGGGUAUCCAAUGAGAUGUAUGCCUUCUAAGUUUUGUCCUGAAAACCUCGUUAUGCUAAAAAUGCGGAUAAGCAUGCUCGAAAAGCUGUGGGAAGGAGUUGUGUUGCUUCCAUGUCUCAAGGAAAUAAAUUUGUGGGGAUCUUCAAACCUCAAAGUAAUCCCGGAUCUUUCAAAAGCCACAAAUCUUGAGAGACUUUAUCUUGGGCUUUGCUCAAGUUUGUUGGAGCUUUCUUCUUCGGUUCGAGAUCUAAAAAAACUGAGAGUUCUGCUGAUGAAUUUAUGCGUAAAAGUGGAGACUAUUCCAGCCGGCAUUUAUCUCAACUCUCUCGUGCACCUUGAUCUCGAGGGAUGCUCAAGGUUUAAGACUUUUCCCGAAAUCGCAGAGCAAGAUCUAACACAUACAAACCUAAAGAGUGAGAAACUAAGGGAAGUAGUGCAUAAGGUGUUUCUCACGAGGAAGAACAAUUUUGAAACCUUGGAUGUUUCUUCAUAACCAACAUAUCUACCUUAAAUAGCUCAAGAUGUUUAGCACUAUAAUCGAGUUAUAUGAUAUUGUGCUGAC